UCGCCUUGCGUCGCCAUGCACCUCGCCCACCACGCCGCCGGGCCUAUUUAUACCCCCUGCUCGCCCCUCGCCAUUCCUCAUCACAAGCGAAGCAGAGCACAAGAAGCACUACUACACCUUCUUCAAGCACCAGUUCCUGCUUCCCUGCUCGUGAUCAUCAGCAUGUCUUGCUGCGGCGGCAACUGCGGGUGCGGCGCUGGCUGCAAGUGCGGCGGCGGAUGCGGCGGCUGCAAGAUGUUCCCUGACGUGGAGGCCGCCUCCACCACCACCACCAUGGUCAUCGCCGCCGCCACCAACAAGGCGAGCUCCGGCGGGUUCGAGGCGGCCGCGGAGGCCGGCGGCUGCGACUGCAACACCUGCAAGUGCGGCACCAGCUGCGGCUGCUCCUGCUGCAGCUGCAACUGAGGCGGCGGCGCCAUGGAGCGCGAGGAGGAAGGAGAAGCGCCCCCCAGCAGCAUACUAAUAUAGUAGCAGCGUCUACUAAAUAAGAUCUUGCCAACUGCGCCAUCCAUCAUCAUCUGCAGCGUCGUGUCGUGUCAUUCAUGGUCGCCUGCCGUGUCUCAGCUGGGGUUGUCUGAACUGAACGUGCCUAUGGUGAUCGACGAUGCCGUCGUCGAUCUUGUGUGUCCUCCUCGUGCAUGCCACCUUUAAUAUAUGUAUGUGUUUCAGCACUAGCUGUGUGUUCGGUGACUGCCUGCA